AGUAUCUUCUAUAUUAACCUUUAUGUAAUAUCCCAUCGACUGAUAUUUAAAUACACAUGCAUUUUCCCCAAUAAGAGAAGUUUAAUAAACAUUCUCUGAUUCUCAUGUUACACAUGUUUUCAUUUUUAAACCCUAAAACAUUGAGCCGUACUAAUCGUACAAACAUGGCAGUGUAUAAUUACUUCUAAAUACAAUUAUAAACCAAUGACAGUACGUUAAAAACAAAUAAAUUAAGAUCAAAAACAAAACAAAACAAAAAACAAACUUCACGUAUAUUCUUGAAGGUCUAUGUUCACACACGUAGAAAGACUUCCUCGAUAAAAAGCCUCAGAAUAUUGCAUUCCCCAAAAAGCGUUGACUCUAUCUUUUGCCAUUUACUUCAAUCUAAUCUCUUCUCUUUAUCGCCUCUUUGUUCUUGAUGUCCAAAGAUAAAAUGAACAACCCCUAAACUCUAAACACAUAUCGGGUUUCUAUCUUCUAAAAAGAAGAUUAUAUUUUCACUAAAAUCAGCAAAAGUGGAUCCUCGAGUCUAUGGGAAGAUGCCCUUUGGAGGCGAUGAACCUGAAGCAAAGGAAGAAGACGAGGAAGAUGAGAACUUGUUCCCUGCCUUCUCAGCUAGAUCUCAACACGACAGGCGUGUUAUGGUCUUGGCUUUGACUCAAGUAAUCGGAAACCAACAGAGCAACUCUCACGAUAGUCCUGUGUAUAAUCCACAAGACCUUAGUAAGCCAGUUGCUCCAUCUCAUCAAGAUCAAGGAAACUCGAUGGGGAGGAGACAUUAUAGAGGCGUAAGGCAAAGGCCAUGGGGAAAAUGGGCAGCUGAAAUACGAGAUCCACAAAAGGCUGCACGUGUGUGGCUUGGGACAUUUGAAACCGCUGAAUCCGCAGCCUUAGCUUAUGAUGAAGCUGCUCUUAAGUUCAAAGGAAGCAAAGCUAAACUCAAUUUCCCGGAGAGGGUUAAUGAUAUCAGUAAUGAUCAGCUAUCAAACUCUACCUAUUACUCCUCCAAUCAAAUCGAGCCGAAAAAUAUACCAUACUAUAACCAAUAUUAUCAAGAUGGGAAUAAUACUGAUAUGCUAAGGUUUAGUUUAACAACUAGUACUACUGCCGCAACAACUUCUUCGUCUUCUGGUGGCUUUUCUAGGCCACAAGAAGAGCAAGAUUAUGCCAGAUUUUGGCGGUUCGGGGAUUCUUCUUCCUCUUCUAAAUCGGGUUUGUGAGAUGAUAUAUAUGUAAGACAUUUGGGUUGCUUGUGAUGAAGAGAUGAUAUGUUCCUUGAAUGUUUCUGAUGUUUUGUCUCUUAUUUUAUAGUUCGUUAAGGUUA